CUCGACUCGCCCUCGACUCGGACACGACGCAUACCAGCAACGAGGAGCUUAGCGCAAGCUAAUCCACCACCAUGGCGCUUCCUCGCUUACUCUUCCCCUUCCCGACGCGGACGCCAUCAUGGUUUGCAGGCCACAUGGCCCGCUCUCUCCGCGAGCUUCCUGCGCUGCUCGAUGAAGUCGACCUGGUCCUCGAAGCACGCGACUCGCGCCUACCUCUGACCAGCGUCAAUCCGGCUUUUGACGCCGUUCUAGAACGUGCAUGGGGUCACAGUGGGAGCGGACCAGACCGCAAAGGCAAAGGCAAGGAGAAAAUUGUCGUCUACACCAAACGCGAUCUCGCCGAGCAGCGUUACGAAGCGCCCUUGAAAGACGCGUUCUGGAGGCAAGCCCGACAAAGAGUUCUUUUCGUGGACAGCCGCCAAGACUCGGACGUGCGUGAGGUCCUGCGGCGAGCGGCGCAAACAGCUCGUGAUCAUGGCGACACUUUAACCGACUUGAAGGUUCUCGUCGUUGGCAUGCCUAACGUGGGCAAGUCAUCGCUCCUCAAUGCCCUUCGCCGCGUGGGAGUACGCAAAGGCAAGGCGUUUAUGACUGGCGCAGAGCCUGGCGUUACCCGCCGUCUGACUGGCACGGUCAAGAUCCAGCAGGAGCCCCCAAUCUACGUCUAUGACACGCCCGGAGUCAUGGUCCCAUACCUUGGGCACAGCGAAGUGGGAUCUGAACGGGGCCUCAAGCUGGCUUUGACAGCUGGAAUCAAGGAGGGUCUGUUCGAGCCGGAUGCGAUUGCCGACUAUCUGCUCUACAAGCUCAACCUUCGUCUGGGUGCGGAAGAGUAUCUCGGCGUCGAGGAAGCAGCACGGCAUGCUUGUUACAGCGCUGGCCUUCCCUUACCGGCAGACUUUGCCCGUACCGACUCGCUUAUGGACUUUCUCGACGCGCUGGCCUUCCGGCUAGGCGCUCUGCGGAAAGGAGGAGAGCGGGACCUUGAAGCCGCCAUGACCUUCCUCCUUCGGGCGUUCAGAGAGGGCAAGCUUGGCCGGUGGACGCUCGACGACGUCGAUGGUGCCGAAGCCGAGUUCAUCGCCAAAGCUAGCCCCAAGGACGAAUCCCAGCAGAUGCUUGCCUCCACGGUGUUACAUUCCGAACUUGGCCUCGUUGGCUCGGCACCGCCUGCCGAUCCUGCGGUAUCUACUGAAGCUCGCAGCCUGUCGUUGUCUUCUCGUGUGUCGCAAACAGUCGCAGCGUUCCUGAAGACAUCUGAGCACGAGCGAGCAGACGCCGAGGCGGGUCGAAAUCUCUCAGGCAAUCAGCAAAAGAAGGCUGUAUUAAGAGCAAAAGCAGACCACCGUCUCGCCAAAGCCAAGGCCCUCGGACUUGACAAAAAGCCCAAGGGUUAUCAAGGACGGCGCCCGCGCCGCGGAUGAGUGGUGGAGCUGCGUUCUGGGACUGAUGCCAUGGCGGUAGUG